CGCUUCACCACAUCAACGCCUCAGUGCCUCAUGGCUCCGUUACAUUCGGGGUUGUACAAGGCAACCAACGUAAAUUGGCACCACUGUGUGCCAAAGACAGGUUUAGAGAGACCCUUGUUCGCCUUUUUCAUCGAAUUCCUUGAGUGAGAAAUUCGGCUACAAGGGUGCACCAUCACGAGUUGCCAACGAGGAGCAAAAAUAUUUCGAAGUCCGAAUUCACAAAGCCACCAAAAUCCUAGGAGCGACCAACUUCAAAUUGAACGCUUAUUGUGUGACGGCCCACUAUCCAGGCGAAUCCGCAGAAUUCGUUGAAGCACGAAAGAAAUCUUUUGUCCCGGGCAAGAAGACCGCACCGGGGUCGUGCCAUGAGGAUUGUUUCUCCUCUGAAACAAUCUUCAUUCCCUACAACGCCAGGCAGCAGCUGCUUUUUGUGGACGUUUUCCAAGUCCCGGAUCCUUCGCAGUUCGAGCUGGAGGGUGAAUUGAUUGGAAGGGCGACCUUGCCAUUGGCAGAUCCCACGCUGGAACAGCCAUCUGAGUGGCAGCUUGUGCGUGGCCGUUUCGACUUUGGGGGCACGGUGACCGUCAGUGUGAAGCUUGCUGCUCCGGAGGGCAAAGUUCGGCCCCUGCCGGACUUGCGUGACUUUCCACCACCAGUCUCUCCUCGCCAGUUUGACGAAGGUGGAAUCGACAUGAGCCCCUUCGACAUACCUCGAGAAGGGUCAAGCUCAAAAUCUAGUGGUCAAGGUGGAAUCAGCAUGUGUGUGUUUGAUGAACCUCGCAAGUGGUCAGGGUCGAGGUCGACUGAAGGCGCAGGCUGUUCUCCUCGGUGGGUACCCGUGCUGAGUGGUGGUCUUGGCCUUGAUUCAAAAAUGGACGACGUCAGGACGUUCGAAGGUGUGAAACACAGGACAAUGAGCCCGUUCCCGACCUUCGCCCCAGAUUGGUUUGGGGCGAAAUUGCCUUUAGGCACUCCGCCGCUGCGACCAUUGCCGGACCCUGCCGCAUUUCACCCCUCCCAGUUGCGGCUGGGGGAGCUGAUUGCCCAAAUUCCGGAAGUUGCCACAGUGGCACCCGCAGUGGCAGCCAUGGUGGCACAGGCCAUUCGUGCAGCGCCACUGCUGACACCAACCAUGGCGCCACCCGCGAUGCCGACAUUUUCUAGUCCGACCUUCGUGGCACCAGCAGUUGCGCCGCCAAUGUGGACUGUGGCACCAUCCUAUGGAGGUAAACCAAAUGCACGUUUCUACCAGUGAUCAAUGCUUCAUUGUAUGAGCGUUUGCCAAUGAACAUCAGGACCGAAGGCAAUCCUUAAAGUGUUGCGGCAUUCCUGUCACAGAACAUCAGUGACGCCUGGUGGUAGAAAGAUAUGCCACCUGGCUCUGUGCUGAAAACAGGGCCCUUAAGCAGCCCAAGCUGUGGAGUGCUGUAGAAAGAUUUGAAGAUUGUUUGUCGACAUUGAGAAUCAGUCUAUUCCAUUUUAGUUCUCGAAUUUAGUGAAUGGCUG